GAAGGGUCAGAGGUCACGCCCCGCCCUCCGACGGAUGCAACAUGGCGACGCCGAGCUGGGGCCGCGCCGCCUCGCGGAGCCGGGCAUGGCAGCUGCUGGGUGCGGCCAGGCGGGGCAGCAGCCAUGGAACCGGGGACUCGCCGGCCACGGGCGUCUCGCCCCCGGAGCCAGAGAAGCGGCCGAGCAGCCGCACCGGCGCGCAGCAGGUGCAUUCAAAGAACGUGGAAUCCUUUGCAUCCAUGUUGAGACACUCUCCUUUAGUUCAGAUGGGGCCUGCCAAAGACAAAAUUGUCCUUGGUCAAAUCUUCCACAUUGUAGAAGAUGAUCUUUAUAUAGAUUUCGGUGGCAAGUUUCACUGUGUGUGCAACCGACCAGAAGUAGAUGGAGAAAAAUAUCAAAAAGGAUCCAGAGUGCGUCUGAGACUGGUGGACCUGGAACUCACAUCUAGAUUCUUGGGAGCAAAAACAGAUACAACUUUACUGGAGGCUGAUGCAGUGCUGCUAGGGCUCCUGGAAAGCAGAGAAAUAAGGCAAAAGGAGUAAAGUUAUGUAAAUCAAUCAAUCAAUAAACUGUAGAUGUUUAACAUUUCAUUUGUACAACUUGCUUGUUCUCAGAAAGAAAAUAUUAGGAUUCUUCCCUCACGGUUGUGUAAAUUGUAAGGUAAAUUAAAUAAAAGGCAUC